AUGUCGGGAGCUAUCUUCGCGCCCCUGGAGGGCCUGGGCGCCCUGGACGCUGCGAGCGGCCACCCGCUGGUGUGCCCGCUGUGCCACGCACAGUUCGAGCGCCCGUGCCUGCUGGACUGCUUCCACGACUUCUGCGCCGGCUGCCUGCGCGGCCGCGCCACCGAUGGCCGCCUCGCCUGCCCGCUGUGCCAACACCAGACGGUGGUGAAGGGCCCCAGCGGGCUCCCUCCGGUGGAUCGGCUGCUGCAGUUCCUGGUGGACAGCUCAGGGGAUGGCACGGAGGUGGUGCACUGUGCCAACUGUGACCUGGAGUGCAGCAAGCAGUGUGCGCUCAACAUGUCCUUAGACCAUUACCCGUCAGUGGAUUCUCCAACACCUAAGGCACCCUGGAUCCCAAAUGUGGGCCCCAUUUUACAGGAUGCAGAGACCACGUACUUCUGCAACACGUGCGGGCAGCCGCUGUGCGCGCGCUGCCGCGAUGAAACGCACCGGGCACGCAUGUUCGCGCGCCACGACAUCGUGGCCCUGGGCCAGCGCAGCCGCGAUGUGCUCCAGAAGUGCACGCUUCACGCGGAGCCCUACAUCAUGUUCUCCACCGACAAGAAGUCGCUGCUGUGCAUCCGCUGCUUCCGGGACAUGCAGGGGGAGAGCCGGGCGCACUGCGUGGACCUCGAGUCAGCCUACGUGCAGGGCUGCGAGCGGCUGGAGCAGGCGGUGCUGGCCGUGAAGGCCCUGCAGACGGCCACACGCGAGGCCAUCGCGCUGCUGCAGGCGAUGGUGGAGGAGGUGCGGCGCAGCGCGGCGGAGGAGGAGGCCGCCAUCCACGCCCUCUUCGGCAGCAUGCAGGACAAACUGGCAGAGAGGAAAACGCUGUUGCUGCAGGCUGUGCAGAGCCAAUACGAAGAGAAGGACAAGGCGUUCAAGGAGCAGCUGUCCCACCUGGCCACUCUACUGCCCACCCUGCAGGUUCACCUGGUCAUCUGCUCUUCCUUCCUCAGCUUGGCCAAUAAGGCUGAGUUUCUGGACCUGGGCUAUGAGCUGAUGGAGAGGCUGCAGGGCAUCGUCACACGUCCCCAGCACCUCCGGCCAGCGCAGAACAGCAAGAUCACCAGCGACCACCGCGCCGAGUUUGCGCGCUGCCUGGAGCCGCUGCUGCUGCUGGGGCCGCGCCGGGUGACAGGUGCUGGGGGCGGCGCCAACACACUAGCAGCGGGCUCAGGCCCCAAGGUGCUGAUGGGGCCCAGCUGCCCUUCCCCAGUGGGAAAGAUGCUGGGGUCGCCGGUCCAAAAGCCCACGCUGCACCGGUCCAUCAGCACCAAGGUGCUGCUGGCGGAGGGGGAGGAUACACCGUUCACAGAGCACUGCCGCCACUAUGAGGACUCCUACCGGCGCCUGCAGGCAGAGAUGCAGAACCUGAAGGACCAGGUACAAGAGUUGCACCGGGACCUCACCAAGCACCACUCGCUCAUCAGGGCAGAGAUCAUGGGAGACAUCCUGCACAAGUCCCUGCAGGUGGACGUGCAGAUUGCCUCGGAGUACGCUUCCCUGGAGGGGAUGAGAGCAGUCUUCCAGGAGAUUUGGGAGGAAUCCUACCAGCGGGUGGCUAACGAGCAGGAGAUUUACGAAGCCCAGCUCCAUGACCUUCUCCAGCUGAAGCAGGAGAAUGCCUACCUGACCACCAUCACCAAGCAGAUCACGCCCUAUGUCCGCUCCAUUGCCAAGGUGAAGGAGCGGCUGGAGCCCAGGCUUCAGGCGCCAGCAGACGAACAGUCGGAGCACCUACAAAACAUGUGUGAUGACAGCGCCAACGGUGAGACUCAGGCCAGGAAUGACCCGGUGAGUGUCACAGAGAAGAGAGAGAAAACAUCAGAACCUAGAGGGAACGGCCGGACUCUGAACAGCCUCACAGAAGAGCCUCCACUGAAGAAUAAAGACCCUCAUAGACCCAGACAGAAGAACGGGGGUGAUAUCCCCACACGGAGAGAGCGCCUGACUUAGCAAAUGGGACUGGUCCUGAGGGGUGGGUAUUUUACAGCCUGCACAUCAAGACUGGGAUAUUUAAGAAAACAUUGUUCCCAUCAUGAAACACAGGGUAAUCACUAGACAGCAGAAGACCCCAGAAACUCUGACAGGUCCUCAUUUCAGCUUGUUUGGCCUGAGCUGAGCUUCACUCUUCCCUGUGUUCGCACUGCACGAAGUCUUGGUCCCCAUCACGUGGCUGCGGACAGCAUCCCAGUCCACAAGGAAAAGCCCUUCGCUGCUCUGGCACCCCCUUGGCGUCUGCAUGCGGGGACCUGCACUCCCAUCAGCCCGCACCAGUCCAAACUUGAGAUAAGGAGACUCCAGCACUGUGCAGCACUGGCCCUGCUGGUAAGUUCCACCCAGCAACCUGAGCACGGACUCAGCAAAGAGGAAACCCCACUCCAGUUUUCUCCUUUCACACAAGGACUGAGCUCACAGCAGCAGCCAGUGGCAUGUGCGGCAGGAGAUGGUCACAACUUCUCCACAACUUUUUCUCCCUUUUCCAGUUGCCCUUUCUAUCAGGUGAAAUGUCUCAAAUGCUUAAAAAGGAAAAUUAACCCAGAUGACCUAAAAUUUAAAGUUUUGGAGGUAAAAUGUCCACACAGCCACAUUUUAAGCAGAUAUCCAGCUUACUCAGCGGUUCCAACAGCAAAUGGCUUCCACAUGCCAGGCAGACCAGCAGAUCAACACAUGAAAACAUCACAUCAAUAUCCGACACCUCUGCACCUGUUUUGGAGCAUGGACACUCAUUCCGGAGCAUCACAAACCCUCGGUAGCCUAAGGGGCAGGAGGAACUUGUCGUAACAAACUGGUUAGAGAUUAGCAUUCAGAACUGAAUUGAGUGGGCAAAAUGCAUCUGGUUUUAUGCUGUAAGUCCCAGACAUUUCUUAGUCAGAGGUGACAU